CUUUAGAAAUAUGGAAGCAACAAUUUGGAGGUGGUCGAAUUAGCGCAGAUCUACUAAAAACUCAAAUGAAUUUAUACAAAAACCAAAAGUAUCCCUUUAAAGAUAAAUUCAUUGCAUCUGCUGAUACAAUUACUAAUUGGUGGAUGUCUAGAGAUCUUAAAAGAAAUGAAGACCAUAUUAAAAAUCUUGCUGAAAAAGUGUAUUCUAUUUCUCUCCAUAAUGCUGCUUUCGAGCAUGUCUUUAGCAUACUAGGGUGGUAUUUCGGAAAAAGGCGAACUAAGCUAAGCAUUGAACGCCUGAAGAUUAUGGCUCAAAUGCAUUUAUAUUUGAUUGAAAAUACUAAGUCAGAGCUUAAUUAUGUGAAUCCAAAUUUUCCUCAAGAAGAUUACUUAUUAAUUUUCAACAAAAUCGCAAGUUCCAUGAAAGACAGCACGGAUUUAUUUGGCGAGGAAGAGUUGAUUUCUUUUUUGGAAGAACUUACGGAAGAACUGAUGGAAGAGCUGAUGGAAGAAGACAUGGAAAUUCUUUCAGAUAAACCAGAUGAUUUAGAUCAAGAAAACUCCACAAAUUUAAACAUAGAAAAUUUCAUAAAUUUACAAUCAAAAUUAGAGAUUGAUGAGUUUUUAGGUGUAAAUGAAGAAAUUGUACAUGGGGAUAAAGAUUUUGAU